UUCUGCGAGUGUGAGCGGGUCUCCCCCCUGAGCCCUGAACGCUUUUGUGCGUAGUUUCUGCUACUGGUGUUGUGAGUGUGAGUGUGUGAGUGAGUGACUCGACUGCCGGGGGAAACUUGAAGCGCGGCGGUGAGCGCGCUGGAUGUGGUGGUGGACCGACCCCCCUCUUCUUUUUGACUCCUCGAACCAGAGCGCCGAGUGCGUUCGUUCACACCAAAGCGUUUUCUGUUUCUCAAAACUCAAACUCAAACCUGUUUUCCCUCGCGUGGAGAAGUACGUAGCACAGAGUUUCUCAGACCUGCUGCUUGCUGCUGUUGCUGUUGCUGCCUCCCCCUUCACCGGGAUGCGAGGUGCCGUCGCCGCACAUCUGUUGUGAGGUCUCUUGGCUUCGUGACCCCCGCAUCCGUGGGCGGUUUCAACACGUGCUGUAAUCGCAGCUACCUCUUGUUUGUUGUUUUGAUUCGAAGGAGAUUUUGUACGACGGUGAAUUCCCGCCGAGGGCGUUUAUCAAGUGUUCUCGACUCGCCGAGUGUUUAGUGUUUGUAAUGUGUUUUUCACGGGAGUGAUCUACUUGUGUGUUUGUUGAAUCGCGUCGUCGACUGCUCUCCCACGGCACUCUUGUUCGUUUUGUUGACUGUUAUUCGGCGCGCCUUUGAUAUAUGGAAUUCGUCUUAGAGUCUGGAUUAGAUGUCUUCGUUUGAGUGGAGGCACCUGGUACUGUAGUCUGUGCUUGUUAAGAAGACGAUGGAUAGAUUUCACAUGUAGCUCUAUAUACGUUACUGUUUCAUUACGUUGAGAGUUUGUGUUUGUGUGAUUGGUCGAUUUCUUAUUGCGCUCGCCUGUGCUGAACAUGGCCAUUGUCAAUGGGUGACCGCGGCCUGGUGCACAGCCCCCCACCCACCAUGCGAGGCGGGAUCCUGGAGCCCCUGGACCACGACAACAUGCCCCUCCAGGCGGUCAUCGUGAAGAACGGGAAGAUUUUCAUCGACAGUAUCGACCCGCCUGUGUCAUCGUCGUCGCCGUCGUCAUCGUCGGAAGAUAAGGAGUCGGAUAACGAGGCUCGCGGUGAGGACCGGACGGUGGAGGAGGAGGAGGAUGUAAACGACGAGAACAAACGUCUGGAGGAGGAGAUAGAUCGCCUCACGGGCGGCGUCGGCGACGACGAUGACGACGACGACUACUACAUCGGGAACAGCAAGUUCUCGCAGGAAGCCUUCGACUCCUUCAUGAGGGCUACCGAUAACGAGGAGGAUGACAACAUCGGGGAUAUCAUGAUCUACAACCAGCUGCACGGGAAGAAGGAGAAGAGCGAGCCGUCGUCGAGAACGAGGGACGAUAAUGACGACGAAGACGAAGACGAAGGUGGACGACGUUAUCAGUAUCACAUUGAGCAGCACCCGCUCCCCCCGCACUACCAACAGCAGCGUCUUCACCAGGCGGGGGGAAGUAACUCUUCGCCCUCAUUUCCUGGCAGCCCCAGGCGGAGUCCUGUUCCGUACGGGUUCUACCCGCCUGGGAUGGGUCCUUACAACGGGCCUGAACCGCCCGACGUCCGUGUCGGGCCUCACCCGAGCGAUGAGAGUCCCCCGAGGGCCGGGGGCUGCCGGCGGCGGGAUAGUCUCAACAUGGAGGAGUACUCCACCUUUUCUGAGGACGUGGAUCGGCUGCUCAGCGAAGACGUGGACGCUUCUUGGCGAUACGUUCCUCUUUACCCGGAACAUUAUUAUGG